CCAGCAGAGAUCAAGGAUUCCUCACACGUAUUCCUGUGUUCGUUCCAAUUAGUCGAUUUACUAGCCACCAAAGAUCUACCUAGAACAAUAAAAAUCAUGAGAAAUUCGUUCAAAUACUCCGUUAUGUUAUUAUCGCUAUGUUGUUUGCUGCACCUUUCUGAACCGAAGGAUAACGUUAAUAAAAAGGCAAAAACUUCGAGGACUCACAGUAAGGUAUUUGGAAAGCAUCCAAAUGGUGGGCUGAUCUCUUUCGAUUCGGAGCAAGAACAAUUUCGUAUUGAUUGGGCUGUGACUAUUCCUUUCCUUUCGAUACCGUUCGAGCAUAAAAUAGGGGAGAAUGGUGAAUAUCCAUCGCUGUUCAACGUUGACACGAAAAGCAUUGGAAUUGUUGGAUUAAUGGCCACCCUGUUUAGCGUAGUUUCGCCAUUAUUCUCGAAAGCGCAUCCACAGUAUAAUUAUCGCUCGGCGGAUAAUGGGCAAUGGUUACAAAUAGGGAACGCUAUUAAUGAAAUGAUGUUCGGCAACGAUUACGUGGUUCCGUGCAUGCAACGUAUCGUUUGUUCGAUCGUUUCAAUAGCCGCGCAUUCGGAGAAUCCAACGAGUACAGAUAAAAUAAUCGAUGGAUUAUCAAGUCACAGCUGGUUCAAAGAUGUUACAAAUGGUACGAUCAUUGAAGAUGCUGUGAUUACCGGACGAAAGGGAAAUCAUAAUUGCGCUUACAUUUAUAAGGAUUGUUUAAUAACGCCGAAGCUUUUAAGAACCGUGAUGGACGAGCUUGGGAUAAUGUGAUGAUGUAACGCAUACUCUCUAUUACUGCACACAUACAGAAAGAAAUAUUUUUGUACAAAAAUGAAGGAACAUCGGUUUUUCACACUUCAAACUCACACUUUACUACGCUCAAGGAAAUACGUUAUUAUCUCGCGCGAAAUAUUUUCGCGUGCACUGCUGCGUGAUCCAGUCAUAAUCAUCGUCGCUUUAGACUUUCACUUUUCGUUAACUAUUGUAUGAAAUGCUUAACGACUCUUCUGCCACAAAUUAACGUAUUUACGUGGUCCGCCGUCUUCGCAAUCAUAUUAUUUCAACCUGGACGCAAAUAUAAUACGAAGAUAGUUGAAUAGAUGUCCAUUUUAUGCUAUUGUACUUAACGCAGAUACGCGGGUUUUAUUUUUAGUCUGAUGUGAUUUGUUGUGUAAAAUUGCGUGGUUUAGUUACGGACUAGCGGUCGUUUCACUUU